CCUGUGAAACGUAAACUACCCGACUAACGAGGGCCCCACGCUGCCCUGCGCUUACACUUCUCCCGCUCGCCGCCCGCACGGACGACACGGGUUGUGCCAGGUGCUCAUCCAAGUUUGCCUUGAGACCAGGCUGUGGGCUGGCACGGCGGUCACACACCGCAGUUGAGCACGUGCCCGGUUUCCUUCUUGAAGUCAGAGGAGAAAAAAAAGUCACUGUUCUAUGUCCAGUUUAGAGCCACUUCUGUUGGGAGGACACAGCGUUCUGGGGCUCUAGAAAACAAGAUUUAUGUCGGAGUGGGACAGUGACCCGUAAUCUCAGACAUCUGUCUCAGAGUGCACCCUAGGAGUGUGGGGACAAGUGCCAGGCCCUUUGCUGCCUUAUCAUGCACCGCAGGGCUUACUUCUUGCUGGAAAGAGACUUCCAAGAGUUGAAGGAGAACAAUUUUAAGGGUAUUACUGCCUUUCCUGUAAGUGAAGAUCUGAUGGAAUGGGGAGCUAGUAUUCAAGGUCUACAGAAUACAGUUUGGCAAGGAUUAUUCUUCCAACUGACAAUAAAUUUUACAUCGGAGUACAAUUUGGUGCCUCCAGUUGUGAAAUUCUUAACAAUUCCUUUUCAUCCAAAUGUAGACCAAAAUACUGGUCGGGCCUGUAUAGAUUUUUUGGACGACCCUGCUAAGUGGAAUACAAGCUAUACAUUGAGCAGCAUUCUAUUUACCCUCCAGGUUAUGCUUUCGAAUCCAGUGCUAGAAAAUCCAGUGAAUUUGGAAGCAGCCCAAAUGCUGAUUAAAGAUGAAUCUCUGUACAAACAAAUAGUUCUAAGAUUUUUCAACCAACCAUCACAAUUGAGAGAUGACAGGCCUGAGUCACUUAAAGAUCCAGAUAAAUUUAUCAGAUCAACUAAGGCAGUCUCAUUUAAUGAUUACUACAAGACAUGGUCUGGAAUAGCCACAUCCAAAGCCACAGAGUAUUAUAGAAGUCCAUUGCCUGAAGAUCCACAGUUUAUUGGAGAGUAUCAUAAAUGGAAGAAACUUAAAUUAAAACAUCCUAGAGAAUGGAAUCUAAAGUAUGCUGCUGCUAUGGCUCGGCUUGCCAGAGAAAGCAGAAGGCCUCACAAAGCCAAUUAUCCAACAAAAAGUGUUCAUCUCUGCCCAACUCCAAUUCAAAAUUUUCCUGAUGCACAACCUGAAAUUGAUAUCAUCAUGAAGACCGAUAGAACAAAGGAGAGGUGGAAGAGUGUAAUUUUACCAGAUGAUGUUAACACGAAUGAGUCAUGGGAAGAAGAAGUGGAAGACCUGGUCACCUGGACCAACACUCUUGAUAUAAAUGUUUUAGAUGAUUCAGCCUGAAGCUCCAGGAUUUAAAAAAUGAAUAGCCUCAACCACAGAUCAACUUCAUGAAGCAACUUUGGAACAUGGAUUCCAUUUUUUUUCAAGUUGGACUCAUGCUCUCACUUCAAGUACAAAUUAGAAAUAUAACUACAAAUCAGUGAAUAUGUUGCUUUGAAUUUUUUGAGCUCUACUUCAUUGUUUGAACCUAAGUUAACCAAAUUAGGGAUGUUCAUUGUGGCAUUUCAAUCAAUGGUAUUAUGCCCUCAAUUGUUAGGCUUCUGGAUGCAAGUUUUUGCAGGCAAGGUAUGAAUCAGGGAGAGGCUGGGUUAGGAGGAGAGCACAGGAGCUUCAGAAGCGGGAUAUUAACCAAAUAGAGGGAUCUUUACAGUUGUCCACAUCUGCCUGGUUUAGUGUCUUGUUUCCUCCAUAUUCAAAGUAUGAGAUGUCAUCCAUCCACCAAUGUUCCUCUUAUGUUUUCUCCCAGAAAACAUGCUUUGUUUACUCUUUGACCUUAAUCAAUCAUCCCCUCAUAUUCUCGUAUCUUUUUUUUUCUCCUUAUCUUUUUGCUGCAUUGCCUCAACCUGCAAAUGUGCUCAGAUCUCUCCUGUUUUUUUGUUUACCUUUGACCCUGUGUUUCUACUUCCCUCGACACUAUUUUAUUCAGGGAUACCUGACUGGCUCAAUUG